AUGAUUAUUUUUCUAAGCGAAUUACAAAAAGAACACUUAAGUAUACUUCAUCAACAUUCCACUCAGGUCCUGGUUGAUUUCUGCAAACUUACUAUAGACUACCUCAGUAAUGGAGUUAACCAAAAAAAAUGUAUGAUAGCUGCAGAAAAACUGAAUGUUUCCAUGGCUGAUAUUCAAAAUAUUAUAUAUGCACUAGCUUUUUUAAUUGUUGAAGGAUGUAAACACAAUCUUUCAGAAACAAACUUUAAAUCAUCACUAGCCAUAGUUGGAUUUUCACAAGAACAACAACUUGUUGUAUUAAAAUUAUAUGAUACUAAAAAAGAGGAAAUAUCAAAAGCAUUGAAUUUAUUGCAGCAAAAAGAUCCAAGCUUUCAGGACCUUACAUGGAGAUUUGAGGUUCAGGUGGCAUCAAAAUACUUUCCAGAAGAAAUAAUACCAAUGGCUGCAAUGGACUUUGUACUGACUACUCCCAAAAAUUUUGGUCAAUCUGAACACGACUUUACAGUUUCUAUGAUAAAAGAUAAAAAGAUUAUAUCACCAAUAAAUAAAAUAACAUCAAUCCAAGAUGCUAAAACAACAAGCCAAUGUCAACAUGUGAUUAAUCACGUUCUGCUUCAAUGUGACUUACCAAAUCUAGUGCAUUUAACAAAAAAAUUAGAUGAAGCUCUAAAAGAAUCGAAAAGUCAACAUGUACGUAAAGUGCAAAGAGCAUUAUUG